UCGGGACAAUUUGUUACUAACCGUAUCCAUGACGACCGGUUCAUAAUUGUUCAUCAUUUUCCUACCACCGGUAAACUCGUAACUGGACUGGCAUGUUCUUACUAACACACUCGCUACGGCAGCUUCUGGCCGAUCCGGACCUCAUAACAACAUCCCCAUCAUGGACCUCAGCGCGCAUGAGCAAUGUACUACCAAACACUGGGAUUUUUCUGUAAGCGCCACAUUGUUUAAUUUUAGCAUAUUUCACUCAUACAUGUUUGCUUUUUAAAAUUGAGAGAGUAUGAAAGAUUUUGCCUAUGGUUAUUAUAAAAAGAGCUCCCCAAAUUGCACCGUGUCUAACAACAACAACGACACGGAACUUCACAAGAUUCUUCCCAAAUUGCUGCUCCCAUGCUGAUCGUACACACAAACACAGUGGAAAUUAUGAUCACACAUUUUCAUCGUUGGGAAUGUCAAAAUUUUCACUCUCUUUCGGGAAAAUUUGUACGAGUACCUCUUGGUACUAUCGGUGGUAGCUGCUUAGCUUAUAAUUCCCUAAAAACUCCAGCUUUUGUGUGCUAAAACACUGCAACAAGUGACUUAGGAUGGAUAUUUCGAGUGAUGUGUGGAAUCAAGUGGCACUGGAAGCGUCGCAGCUUUACUUUACCGAGGAUGGCAAAAGCCCGUUCGCGAAUACGUCCAUCGAGAAGCUUCCGGAUAAGGUCAUCUUGCACAUCUUUUCCUAUCUGAGCCACUUGGAAAUAUGUCGCAUGGCUACGGUAUGCCGCCGUUGGCGUACGAUAGCGUACAACACGCAGCUGUGGAAGAAUGUGUCGCUACGUCCGGAAGUUUCCGGACUGCACGUAGGUUCGCUGGAAUCCUUGCUGCAGCUCAUCUCCGUCCGAUUCGGGCCAUCGCUUCGUUACAUCGAGCUGCCGAUUGAGCUAAUUACGCACACCGUAUUGCAUGAGCUGUCGUCGAAAUGUCCGAAUUUAACGCACAUGCUUUUGGAUUUCUCUACCGCUAUGCAAUUGCAUGACUUCAGCGAGAUGCAGGCUUUCCCGGCCAAGCUGCGCUACAUGUGCAUCUGUCUGUCGGAGGUCAUCUUCAUGGAGGGUUUCAUGCGCAAAAUUUACAACUUCAUCAACGGUCUCGAGGUGCUGCAUCUUAUCGGCACGUACGAGAAAGGUGAAGAGGAAGAGGAAGAAAUCUACGAGGUCAUUAACGUGCACAAGCUAAAGUCGGCCACACCGAACCUGCGCGUUAUUAAUCUGUACGGCAUUAACUUCAUCGACGAUUCUCACAUCGAUGCGUUCAGCUCCAACUGCAUCCAGCUCGAGUGUCUUGCCGUCAACUAUUGCAACAAGGUCACUGGAUCGACCUUGAAGGCACUGCUAGCCAGAUCGAAACAGCUGAAGUGUUUGCUGAUGAACGGUACGAGCCUCAAGUCGGAGUACGUGAUGCAAGCGGAGUGGGACAAAUGUUCGGUACAAGAGUUGGACAUCUCCGGUACCGAUCUGUCGAGCGAGUGUCUCAUCGAUGUACUGACGAGAAUUCCUACGCUGCGGUUCUUGAGUGCUGGCCAGAUUAAUGGGUUCAAUGAUUCCGUGCUGAAGGCAUGGAUGGAAGGUGGCAACCCGAAGAGCCUGAUCGCACUGGAUCUAGACUCUUCCGACAAUGUGUCGGAUGAAGGUUUGGCACGGUUCAUUACACGCUACGGUGCGCAAUUGCAGGCGUGCGUACUCUCCGGCAUGACUCACAUUACGGAUCAGCUCUGGAUGACUAUCUUACCGAUACUGACGAACAUUCGCAUCGUCGUGAUGGGUACAACGGAACGACUGAGCGGUAAUAUACACGUGGACCAGCUGAUGGAUACCAUUGGAUCGGCCUGUUCCAAGCUGGAACGGUUGGAGCUUCGCUGGGAUCCGGAAAAUCUACGAUUCUCUGACAAGAGUCAAAAGGCUAUCGAUUUACUGCGUGUUAAGUGCUUGAAGCUGCGCUGUCUCGUACUGAGUGACGGACGUUACUACGAAACGGUAAAAGCUAACUUUGAACGUGCUGAUCGUACGACCGUAGUACGCACGACUACAAGUUGUCGCGUGUCGGCGUAUCACGUGCUGAGCAAUUACAACGAUUUGGUUUUCAACUGAAGGUGUGAUUCGGUUUUAUCGCCAAUAAUGUCCAUCAAGGGUGUGUGUUUUACAGUUACUAAUUUUGAGACACCGUUUGUUCAUUUGAAACAGAAGAACCUUCUUUUUAUUGUAAACUAAAUUUGAGAAAUUAUGCAAAUAAACGUUGUUAUUUAUGUUAAA